UGAAAAAGUGCGUAAUGAUAAUUUAUGUAAUGCAAGUAGGCUACUAAAAAUGUCUGAGCUGAGAAGGCGACAUAACGUGGAUGAAGCAGCUCAAUCAGGUGAAGAGGAAGCUGCAGUUCUGCCUGGAGAACCACAGCUGGAAAAUACAAAGUCCAUUCCACAAGGAUCGGACAGAACAACAGAGGCACUGGACACUGCACUAAAAGAUUUAACACCACGGUGGAGAAACUGGAUUAUUCGUGGGAUAUUUACUUGGUUGAUGAUAUUUGGCUUCUUCUUUUUGGUUUAUCUUGGACCACUUGCUUUAGUUCUGACGAUAUUUGCAAUACAGAUCAAGUGUUUCCAUGAAAUCAUAACAAUUGGAUAUACAGUGUACAAAUCCUAUGAUCUUCCAUGGUUUAGAACACUUAGCUGGUAUUUUUUAUUUACAUCCAACUAUUUUUUUUAUGGAGAGAGCCUCAUUGAAUAUUUUGGAGUUCUCCUACAUAGGAUGGAACUUCUGCGGUACCUUGUGAAGUACCACAGGUUUAUAUCUUUUUCCCUAUAUGUGUCAGGAUUUGUUGGAUUUGUGUUUAGUCUGGUGAAAAGGCACUAUCUCAAGCAAUUUACAUUGUUUGGUUGGACUCAUGUUACUUUGCUGAUCAUUGUGACCCAGUCCCAUCUGAUUAUUCACAAUGUGUUUGAGGGACUUAUUUGGCUUCUGGUUCCUGUAUCAAUGAUCAUCUGUAAUGAUAUCAUGGCAUACAUGUUUGGUUUCUUCUUUGGUAAAACACCACUGAUAAAGCUCUCACCAAAGAAGACCUGGGAAGGCUUUAUAGGAGGAGCAAUUUCUACAGUUCUGUUUGGAUUUAUGGUUUCUUACAUUCUAGUACAAUUUGACUACUUUGUCUGCCCAAUAACAUAUGACGAUGUGAGUGACCAUUUAUCAAUGGAGUGUACUCGUCAUCCUGUUUUUAUUCUGACGGAAUUUAGUCUUCCACUUAUGAUUCAGAAGAUAUUCAACAUAAUUGGAUUGUCAUGGACCACAGUAAAAAUUUACCCAUUUAUCCUUCACUCCAUCUCAAUGUCAGUGUUUGCAUCUGUAAUUGGUCCAUUUGGAGGGUUUUUUGCCAGCGGAUUCAAGAGAGCCUUUAAAAUUAAGGAUUUUGGAGAUCUGAUCCCUGGACAUGGAGGCAUAAUGGAUAGAUUUGACUGUCAAUUUUUGAUGGCAACUUUUGUUAAUGUCUAUUAUGGUAGUUUUAUAAGAGCACCAAAUCCACAGAAAAUCAUUCAAAGUGUUCUUCUUUUGACAACAGAGGAGCAGUUACAUGUUUUUUACAUGCUAAAGGAGAAACUUUUUCAGAAGGGAAUACUGAAUGAAACUAACUUGUGAACUCUUUUAUAGCUACUUUAGAUGAAGAAAUAAUGUUACUAAAAAUGAAAAAGGUAUGCCACCCAAAAUUAAACUUUUAUUUAAUAAAUAUUUAAGUACAGUUGUACUAAGGUA